UAAGCAUACAGUGCAGCUUGUGUUAUGGGUCUUAGUACCCAUAACACAAGCUGCACAAUAGUUGAUAUUAUAAUAUAUAUAUAUUCAUAUACAUUUAUAUACUACAUAUAAAUACUUGUAUAAUGUAUAAAUACACACAGACACUGGAAAAAAGAAAAAACCUAUGUUCAUCACAGGAAUAUUUUCCAGUUGUGGGAAUCGAACCCACGGCCGUGGAUGCAGAAAGCAGGGUCACUAGCCACUGCGCCACGCGGCCGUCAAAUGUAUACUCGUGUAUUAUGUUCAUGCCAUAUGGCUAAUAUUAUUAUGUAUAUAUAUAUGUAUGUGCACUCACACAAUGUUAUGCAUUAACAAUGAAUAAGCCUCAAUAGCUAAACGGUAAAGCUGGUCGAAUUUUUCGCUAGAAGACCAUUGACUGAAACGACUAUCAGAGGGACUAGGCCCUCUGAUAGUCGUCAGUUUGAUACUAUGACGAUAGCGUUAGCGUAAACGUGAAUUUCUAAGGAAUUAAAACAGCGCUAUCUAGUGGCACUACUGCACAACUGUUUCAAUUCCAUAUAAAUUUGCGUUAACGUUAACGCGAUAGUAACAGUAUGAAAAUACUCACAAUAACGGUUGACGUAACAUUUGACAUGCACACAUGAUAAUCUCGUGAGCAACAUUCAAGUAUUUUGAUUUAGUACAGACUCGCAAACGCCCGCGACUUCGUCCGCGUGGAAUUCAGUUUUUCACAAAUCUCGCGGAAACCAUGGAUUUCUCCAGGAUGAAAAGUCGCCUAUGUGUUAAUCCAGAGUAAAAUCCAUUUCCAUUCCAAAUUUCAGCCAAAUCCUUAGACUAAAUACAUAAGGACUAGUAUCGCACACAAAUUCACGAACAAAAUUUUCUGCCAUUUUCUAAGGAAAACGAGCUUAGAUUUCAUACAUAUCUUAUACUAAACUAGCAGUUUUUGUUCGUUUUUUACACCAUUUAACUACACAAGAAGGUAUUUUUACGGAGGUUUUUAACCGACGGACACGAUUGUAAACUAUGAAACAUCGAUUCUAUAAAGACAGUGUUUAUAAUCGCAUAAGAUCGUUGAACAUAUACUUUGACAGAAAAAUAAUGUCUUGCGAGGCAGGUCUUUAUCUAAUUAGUCUGAGGCCAAAUCGCUUCAGUAACCGCGGCAUCAAAGGAGGAACAAACAUACACACUUACACACACACACACAUACACACAAACUUUCGCCUAUUAUAAUAUUAAUAUUAGUGUGAUGAAGGAACAACAUCGUGGGGAACCUGCAUACCAUACCUAAGAAUUUUCUUAAUUUUUUACUUGUGUGUAGUGAGCCGUGAUAGCCCAGUGGAUAUGACCUCUGCCUCCGAUUUCAUAUGGUGUGGGUUCGAAUCCGGUCCGAGGCAUGCACCUCCAACUUUUCAGUUGUGUGCAUUUUAAGAAAUUCAAUAUCACGUGUCUCAAACGGUGAAGGAAAAACAUCGUGAGGAAAACUGCAAACCAGAGAAUUUUCUUAAUUCUCUGGGUGUGUGAAGUCUGCCAAUCCGCAUUGGGCCAGCGUAGAGGACUAUUGGCCUAACACCUCUCAUUCUGAGAAAAGACUCGAGCUCAGCAGUAAGCCGAAUAUGGGUUGAUAAUGAUGAUGUGUGGACUGCCUAAGCCCUCUCAGUCUGAGAGGAGACUGGUGCUCAACAGUGAGCCAAUUAUGGGUUGUUAAUGACCAUUGAACAGUAUUUUAACAAGUUUUAAUUCUCUAUUGACCUUUCAGAUGUUCAAAAAAUUUGCGCUUUCAAUUGCAAUGGUAACUGUAUGCAUUGGAAUUAAAUACUCAUAUUACGUACUCCAGAGAGUUCCCCAACUACCGGAACUCGAUUUUGACAGAUGGUGGGGUGAAGGCAACAACCCAAAUCCAAAUCAAGAAGACAAGUCUAUUAGACCAUUCAAAAUUGUUUUCAAUAAUACGAUGAUAGACGACUUGAAAAGCAGAUUAAAGAAUCGACGCCCAUUCACUAGACCACUGGAGGGCAAGCAAUCCGAAUAUGGCAUUAACACAAUAUACUUAGAAGAAAAAAUAUUGAAAUAUUGGACGGAUCAGUACAACUUCACAGACAGAGCUGAGCAUCUUAACAUGUAUCCGCAUUUCAAAACAAAAAUUCAAGGACUGGACAUUCAUUACAUAAGAAUGAAGCCUGAAGCAAACAAUAGUAACAAGCGAGUACUCCCUUUGCUACUCGUGCAUGGAUGGCCAAGUUCCUCCAAGGAAUUUUAUAAGGUUAUACCUAUGCUCACAACUCCGAGGAGUGGAUAUGAUUUCGUUUUUGAAGUAAUCGCUGUAGAUUUACCAGGCUUUGGAUUUUCCGAGGGCACAAACAAACCAGGCCUAAGUGCUUUACAGAUGGGUAUAAUAUUGAGAAACCUGAUGAAACGGCUCGGUUUCAGUAAAUACUAUAUCCAGGCGGGCGACUGGGGCUCGCAGGCUGCUACCCAUCUAUCUACCGUCUUCCAAGAUGAAGUACUAGGAUUCCACUCAAAUAUCCCAGUGUCCUUAAGGCCAAUAAGUGUCAUCAAAUAUAUCAUUGGAUCACUGUUCCCCAGUUUAAUUGUAGAAGACAAAUACAGAAACAGAAUGUAUCCCAUAACAGAUUAUGUAACAUUUUUAUUGAAGGAGACUGGUUAUUUUCACUUGCAAACUACGAAACCGGAUACAAUAGGUGCUGCAUUGGCAGACACUCCAGCCGGUCUAGCUGCAUAUAUACUGGAGAAAAUUGGAGUUGGUAGCAAUUGGGACCAGCUGCAUACACCUCACGGAGGUUUGGAUGAGAUCAAUAUAGAUGAUUUGUUGGACACCGUCACUAUAAUGUGGGCAAACGAACGGAUUACAACGUCUAUGAGGAUAUACGCGGAAUCGGUGAUCGAUUGGCUAGAUGAUUUCAUUGUUGACAACAUCCCAACGUUUGUGCCGAUGGCUGCUAUAAAUUUUCGAUACGAAAUAAUAUAUCAACCUGAUUGGAUUCUACGUGACAAAUUUCCCAACCUUGUACACUCUACGAUUCACGACUUCGGAGGACAUUUUGCCGCAAUUCAAACACCCAAGGAGUUGGUCGAUGAUAUUUUUGAAUCUGUUGUCGCAUUCAUUAAGUUCCACGAAAGGAAUCGUAGUACACUAUCAAGAUAAAAUGAAAAUGAACUUUUUAUUAUUAAAGAUAUUACAAAGGUGUAUUACAAUUAAAUAGGUAUUUUAUUUUUUACCUUGCUUUGUUACAUAUUUAGACCAAUUACCAUAGGACCUGCAUCGCUAGACAUUACCCCUCUGUCAAAAGUAUAUGAUCACCUCAUGAUCACCUAAGGUCUUUGUACAAAAUGCGUCUAUGAAAUCGAUGUUUGUAUGUGUGUGUGUAUUAAUAACAAUAAUUUAUAAUUAUGUGUUGGACACAGGAUAUAUUUAUUGGUGUUAAAUAUUUUCGAUGUGUGAGUUUAUCCGUCCAUCUCAUAAAACGACAGACAAUUUUGUUGUUGAAUUUGAGUACGAUACAAGACUAACGUUUGUUGAUUGAAAGUUCCAAUUGGUGCAAUUAAAUUGGUUUGGUUCCAAUCUGAGGUUACAUGUAAUUAUCGUUGAUUUCAGCUUUAUUUAUAUGAUUGAUCUUUAUUAAUUAAAAAACUAAAGGACGCCUGCGACUUCAUGGGUCUAAAGUUUUUACAAAUCCUGAUAUAAAAUUUGUCUUUAUUUUGCUCAAUAACCUCCUCUAUCUUCUAGUGAAAGUCCUAAUUACCAUCGCUUCAGCAGUUCCAAAGAUUAGCCCGGAUAUACAGACAGACAGACAAAAAUCUUAAAAAAGCUUGAUUGAAUUUGGUAUAGUGUAAAUAGCAAUAAGUACUUCAGAAAACACAGUCAUCUUGAAAUCACUGACAGACACAUCAAUUAUGAAUUUGAAUUAUGUACCUAAUAUUUUUUAUUACUUCACAUCUUCCAAACCGCUUAAUGUUAUUAGGGUAUCGAUAGAUUCGUCUUGUUAACUCAAGUGUUCUUAGAUAGGUAAAUUAAAUAAAACAACAAGACGUGAUACUCCAGUGGAUAUGUUCGCUGUCUUCGAUUCGGAGUGCCAAGGUUCGAAUCCAGUCCGGGGCAUGCACCUCCAACUUCACAGUUAUAGUGUAUUUUAAGAAAUUGAAUAUCUCGUGUCUCAAACGGUGAAGUCAGCGUGGUGGAUUAGUCUAACCCCUCUCAUUCUGAGAGACUCGUGCUCACUCAGUAAGCCGUUGUUAAUGAUAAUAAUGAUUAAUUGAUUAAUAAAAUAAA